AUGCCAGGGAAAGGUUCAGCUGCCAUGGGCAUAGCAAUGCUCAACGCCACUGUAGGUGCUUAUAACCGCACUUAUUCUCCGAUCGCGCUGAGCAAUGAGUGGUCAAAAGUUAGUCGGCUGCUGUUCGUGGCGAUCUUUUGCGUCUUCGGGACGAUUAUGAAUGGAUUUUACUUCGUUUCUUUUCUGGUGGAGAAGAAGCUAAGUAAGAAAGGUAAUGUGUUUUUGGCUUUGGUCGGACUCGCCGACUUAAUGAUCACUGGAGGUGUCAUGUCAGUGUCGACGGUUGUCCUGCUUUCGGGCCAAUGGGACAACCCAGAAGUAUGUCACGUUUUACAAUUUAUAACUGAAGUGUCAACGUACACUUACACAAUAUUUUUCAUGCUGGCAGUAGUGGAGAAUUUUCUUCAGGUCUCCUGUCAGCCAUGUCACACUCGAAAGUUCGUGAACAUUGGGGUGAAUAACGUAGUACCUCUGGUGUAUAUCGCGAGUGUUACUGCUGCAAUUUACGGAGUAUACAGUGGCUAUGACUACGACUAUUGCCAGCGACUACAUUAUGGACAUUAUAAUUAUAGGGCUUACACCUCUAUAUUUUUCUAUUUUGUUCCAUGCAUUAUAACAAUUACAUUACUUUUAGCAACAACAUUUCAUGUAAAAAAACGCGGCGUGAAUGAAAUUUACUAUAAACGUUCUCAACGCUACGACGACGAAUAUUCUCGCGCUGCCUUAAAUGUUUUGGCAUAUUUUCUGUACGUUAUAGCCUGGACACCCUACCUGAUUAUUAUUUAUCAGUAUCCUCAAACAUCGGAUUCAAAAUAUUACAAAUGUGCUUGGCUAGGGAUUUCCCGAUCGGUAGUGACUAGCAUCUUUUACUGCACUUUGGAUAACGAUUUCCGACGAGCGUAUGGUUACCUCUUUAACUACUGCUUCUGCAAAACGACUGUGUCAUCGUCAUACUAUUCGCGUAACAGAAGGGCUAAACACAGGCCAACUAAUGAGGUAGGCCUUAAUGUCUUGACUCAAGCCCUUAACCCCCAGAGAUCUGCGUCUGCGUCGCGGUCGAUGGAGACGAUAGAAUUAUGA